CGGUAUCUCUUGUUUGGUUGUAUGAGACUCGGUGAGUUCAGAUUUCUUAUACCAGAAUAAGCUUUUGUUUGUCCAACUGUUAACCAACCAAAGCCAACCCUCUCAUGCUCUGCUGCUUCUUCACUUGAAUUGUCUGGAAAAACACAAGAGGGAAUUAGAGAAUAAAUGGCUUUUCAUCUCCCAAAUAUCUCUCACUCAUCAUCAUCCCUUGUUAUUCUACAAUCCACAACUAAAUCAUCUUUUAAAGAAAAACUUGUUACCACCACCACCACAUACCAAAAGCUUAAUCAUAAUAAUAAUAAUCCUAGUCUCAAACUUGAAAUUCCACCUCAAACAGUUGAUGCACAACCGGAUAAAGAACUCUCCACCUCCAAGCUUACUUCUACUGACAACAGCAACAACAGUAAUAAUAACAAGCAGAAGAAAAAUGACUUCUAUGUGAACGUGGGUCUCGCUGUACGGACACUCCGAGAAGACUUGCCUUUAUUGUUCUCUAAAGACCUCAAUUAUGAUAUUUACAGAGAUGAUAUAACAUUUAUAGACCCAUUGAACACAUUCACGGGGAUGGAGAAAUACAAAUUGAUAUUCUGGGCAUUGCGCUUCCAUGGUCGAGUUUUAUUUCGAGAAAUAUCUCUGGAGGUAUUGAGGGUUUGGCAGCCUUCUGAGAAUGUUAUUCUAAUCAGAUGGAAUUUGAGAGGUAUUCCAAGGGUUCCAUGGGAAGCAAGUGGGCAGUUUCAAGGGACGUCAAAAUAUAAGCUGGACCGCAAUGGGAAGAUUUACGAGCACAAAGUUGAUAAUUUGGCAUUUAAUUUCCCUCGGCAAUUGAGACCAGCUACUUCAGUUCUGGAUUUGGUUGCUGCUUACCCACCAAGUCCAAACCCAACCUUUAUGUGGGGCUUGUCAGAUGAGUAUUCUUCAUCGUGGUUGGAUCUCUAUUGCGCAGUGAGGGGAGCCUUGAAUAAUGAAGGGUAUUUGCUGCAACAAAGAGGGUUAAUUACUUGUUCGUAAUUGUAAAAGAUGUUUGAGGUAAAGAGGUCGUUUUAUCCUGUGAUGUUCUUUUUUUAUCUAAUAUACCACAAAUUGUACCAUAUGUUUGUUUAUAUAACACAUUGUUUCCUAAGGAAAAAGCGUGUUGUACAUAAGGAAGGGAGCUUCGAGAUGCAUAUGGGAAUAUAUACAUAUAUAUAUGCGGUGAGUUUUAUAGUUCCAUAUUUUAUUGACAGGUCAGUCUUUCGGCAAAAAUGCUUAUAAUGAAAGUCGUUUAUAUGUUUUCCGCUUCAGCAAUUCUACCGUGUUUCCAAUUCUUGUCUAAUAAGACGUAUACUAGGAUUUGACCAAUGCUCAUCAUAGUAUAUAUGUUCUAAUCAAUAUACAUAAUUAGCUGAAGUCUUUUUGUUAAAACUCAUCAUGCACCUGAAGAAUAGUUUGCUUAAAUAAACUCUUUCAUAUUAGACUUCAUGUUAGACAUACAGUAGACCAAAUUUUCCAUGCAAGUUAUGUUAGUGCGGCUGUGGUAUGUUUGAGCAUCUAUCUGACACCGACCCAAGCUUUAACAACAGUCCUGGUCCACGCAAAACCUGAUUUGAGCUCUGAUGUCACUGGUGUCGUGCAGUUUUGGGUUUAUUGUGAGGGAUACUAGUACCAUGCAUUAUUAAAUCAAAUGUUUAGAUGUCUAGUGGACCAAAAAGACUAAGCUUGAAAUCCAUCUGUCAUUUCUCGAUUUGAUUGGUUAUUGUUGGCACCCCAGAGAGAUUAAAUCUAUAGCCUGAGGUGAAAUGUGGGUGCUCACAAUGUGUGCUUAAUGCAACUCUGUUCAAGGCAGAGUAAUAGUACAGUACUUGUAAGGGUCCUGUAUAUGCGUCUUUAUUUGGUCACUGUUUGAUUCCUUCGGUUUCUAUGCAUCUGAUCUCUUUUGGUCCAGUUUAAGUAUUGGUUCUCUUUAAACCGUGAUCUGAAUCUGAAUCUUAAGCAUAUUGAUGUUCCAAAUACUUCUCUGAUAUGUUGUAUAGUGAUGUGCUUAAUGCAACUCUGUUCAAGGCAGAGUAAUAGUACAGUACUUGUAAGGGUCCUGUAUAUGCGCCUUUAUUUGGUCACUGUUUGAUUCCUUUGGUUUCUAUGCAUCUGAUCUCUUUUGGUCCAGUUUAAGUAUUGGUUCUCUUUAAACCGUGAUCUGAAUCUGAACCUUAAGCAUAUUGAUGUUCCAAAUACUUCUCUGAUAUGUCGUAUAGUGACUUCAACUACUUCAUGUACAGUUUCUGAAUUUCGGUAGCUCAAUGAUGAUUUUAUUUGUCUAUUCCGAACAGUGGUUGGAAUGACAUGUUAUUGUUAGGGUCAAAAAAAAAAAAAAAAA